UGUCUUGGCAGCGCCCUCUCAGGCUGCCUGGGGCCCGUGAGUGCACCUGCUCACUCAAUAAAACAGAACAUCCCUUUAUCCCAAGGCGCGGGUCGGGUAGAGGGUGGGGGUAGAGGGGACGGGGUAGCGGGGACCGGGAAGGCGCGGCUCAGCUGCCGGCUGCUCCCGAAGUGAAAGAGGUGCCUUAGCCCCCACCCCAUCUCUGCAGAGUUGCGUUGCUCCAGGGAGGCCGAAGUGAUCCAGUGAUGCCUUAGGGUGCAGCUCUUUGUCCUCCCCAGCUGCGCUCCCUGCCCGCUGAUCCCGUGCGCUCCGAGCCAGUCGGGGUGGGGAGCCCGAAACCUAUAACAUAAAUGGGGGCAAGGAGAAAGAAGUCUAUCCCGGGGUGGCGUGUGCUGCUGUCCCCACCCCCUCCCUUUCCUCCUGAGGCUUCUUCCCUCCGGUCGAUCUCGGGGGUGCAGGCAGGGGAGAGUGUGGGCCGAGGCGCGGCGGCGGCUGGAGCAGCGCCGUAGGGUCCUUCGCCAGAGCAUCCGGUCCGAGGGCGCACACAGGCAGAAGGCUCGGUGCUCGUCCACUCUCCUCCCUCUCUCCUCCUCUCCCUGGCUUUUGUGUUGGUGCCUCCGAGCUGCAAGGAGGGUGCGCUGGAGGAGGAGGAGGGGGGCCCGGAAUGAGAGGCACCCUCUUCACGCGCGCGCGCACACGGUGCCGGCGCACGCACACACGGGCGGACACACACACACGCGCGCACACACACGCGCACAGAGCUCGCUCGCCUCGAGCGCACGAACGUGGACGUUCUCUUUGUGUGGAGCCCUCGAGGGGGGUUGGGGCCCCGGUUCGGUCCGGGGGAGAUGGCGCAGCCCAUCCUGGGCCAUGGGAGCCUGGAGCCCGCCUCGGCCGCUGGCCUGGCGUCCCUGGAGCUUGACUCGUCGCUGGACCAGUACGUGCAGAUUCGCAUCUUCAAAAUCAUCGUGAUUGGGGACUCCAACGUGGGCAAGACCUGCCUGACCUUCCGCUUCUGCGGGGGUACCUUCCCAGACAAGACUGAAGCCACCAUCGGCGUGGACUUCAGGGAGAAGACCGUGGAAAUCGAGGGCGAGAAGAUCAAGGUUCAGGUGUGGGACACAGCAGGUCAGGAACGUUUCCGCAAAAGCAUGGUCGAGCAUUACUACCGCAACGUACAUGCCGUGGUCUUCGUCUAUGACGUCACCAAGAUGACAUCUUUCACCAACCUCAAAAUGUGGAUCCAAGAAUGCAAUGGGCAUGCUGUGCCCCCACUAGUCCCCAAAGUGCUUGUGGGGAACAAGUGUGACUUGAGGGAACAGAUCCAGGUGCCCUCCAACUUAGCCCUGAAAUUUGCUGAUGCCCACAACAUGCUCUUGUUUGAGACAUCGGCCAAGGACCCCAAAGAGAGCCAGAACGUGGAAUCGAUUUUCAUGUGCCUGGCUUGCCGAUUGAAGGCCCAGAAAUCCCUGCUAUAUCGUGAUGCUGAGAGGCAGCAGGGGAAGGUGCAGAAACUGGAGUUCCCACAGGAAGCUAACAGUAAAGCUUCCUGUCCUUGUUGAAACCAAACGGUGUAAAUACAAGAUAAAUUAUCACUGGAGUUUUUCUUUCCCUUUUUUCUGUGCCUGCAUAAUGCUGACACCUGCUUGUUUCCAUACAAAUUGAUAUCAAAAUAAAAUUUGUAUAGAUUA